UCGGUUUAUUUGUUUUUGAAUUGUGCUAUUUAUUGGAGAAUCAAUUUCUAAUAACAUCAUUUAAUGUACUGAUUUUUGUUUUAUAAAUGCCACUGAUUCUGCACGAUUUGUUUUUUACCCACCAAUUUUAGAUUCACUUCAACUAUAACACAGUGAUGGCCAUGAUAUUUAGUUUUUAUUAAUGAAAUUGUGUUCAACUAUUUGAAUAAAAAGAUUAUGGAAAUUUAAAUGAUGGGUAUUUGAACCCUUUAUAAGUUAUAGGGCUAACAAUAACUUGGCAAUUGAAGCUUAAUAAUAUGAUUGUAAAGGGAAAUAUUAAAUUUUGAAGAGAAGAAAAGUGAAAAGGGUAGGGGGGAGAGAGAGAGAGAGAGAGAGAGAGAUGAAUGGUAGAAUCGUAACUGGGAGUCCCCAAACUCCAAUGGGAAUAAUAAAGAAGAAACAAAACACACUCUCAAAUCAAAAUUAUUGUUUAACACAACGCAACACAACAACCCAGGGGUUUUCACUUUCAGUUUCUUCUGCAUUGCUUUGCGUGCUCUUUUUUUCUUUUCUUUUCUUUUUUGACCUUUACAUUUAUACCCUUCCCCUUCCCAUUCCCCUUCCCCUAUCUAUAUACAUUCUAAUUACUAUCUAAAUUAACCCCUCGACAUGAGGCUCCUUUUCCAACGCCCCCACACCGCCUCCCGCCACGUCUCCCCCUCCAUUCCUCCAAUCCCCUUUGCAUGCAAACUCCCCCCUCACACGUGCCCCUCUCCUCCAUCAACAACCUUUACAUAUACUACUACUACUACUCCUCCUCCUAACUUCUACUUCUUUCCUACCACCAAUGUUUGUUUCUGAGCUGAUUCAAUGCAUUCUUAUUAGUAUGGUUAGGAUGAGAGCUUAAUAUUUAUAUUUAUAUUUGUGUUAUUUGUUGUAUUUGUUGUAUUUGAAUUACCAAACCAAUAGUGAUAGAUGGAUCAACGCAUGCGAGCCAACCACACACGCGUUCCACUCUUCUCAUUGGUGGCACUGCCCAUUGAAUUCACAUUCCCACUCCUCUCUCUUCCUCUUCAACUUAACUUUGGAUUGGUUAUGCGUUGGCUUUUGCAUGGCCCCACUCCCUUUCCCACAUGUCCUUUUUUCUUCCACGUACCCCACAUUCCUCUUCCACCUGUCACUCUCUUGCCCUUCCCUUAUUCGCCACUCCCCACCGUUUCCCUUCCAUCUUAAACCCUUCCCCCCCUAUUCCAUUCCAUUCCCUCUUCCUCCCCUCCCUCUCUCCCCCUCCUUCCACCUCCGCCAUGAUCAAGACUCUCCCCCCUCCUUUCCCCUCCACCGACAAGACGGCGGAGAUCAUGUCCAGAUACCGCCCCAUUGCCCCCAAACCCGAAUCCCCUUUCCCCACCUCUGAUCACUCUCUCAACAACAUUCCCCAUUCCUCCUCUUCUUCUUCCUCUUCCUCUUUUCUUCGAAAUGUAUGGCCUCAGUUACAAGCUAGACCCACUCGUACUCGUAAGAGAUCUCGUCCUCCACCCAUUUCCCCUCACUCCUUAAAACGAACAAGAAUUACACCUUCUCCUAAUUUCUCCCUCCACCAUCAUCCUUUUUCUUCUUCUUUACUUCCUCAUCUUUCUCUUCCUUCUAUUAAUUCUGGGUUUCGUGAUUCCUCUUCUAAUUCUAAUCUUGUCACGCUUCCGCUUCUUCCUUCUGUUUCUGACGAAACUGAAACCACCACCCCUGUUUCUGAGAUUAAUUUCAUUAAGUCUUUUGAUGAAGAGAAGGGAGUGGAAUUCAGUGUUGAUAGUUCUGUUGUCUCUGAAAUUCCUCAAGAGAAGGAUUUAUUGCAGCAACUUCAAUGCCCGGUUUCUAUUUCUAAUGUUAUAACUCCUCACCCUGUUCGUCCUGUUGGUUCCAGCAUUCGCGUUGGGUGUAUCAACGAAGCUCAAAACCCUGUCCACUCCAAUAAUACUCCACAGCUGCCGAAGAAACCGGAUGAAGUGGAAAAGGAAGUUGAAUCCGAGGUGUUGCCAGCGGUUAUAUCGGAUUCGAAUAACAGAGUGAGAAUGGCGAAUUCUGCUUAUAAGGAAAUGGUUGGCCAACCAGAGUGCUUGUGGCUCGAUUCAAUGGUUACCGGAGAUGAAAGGCUCAAAGGCAGAAGAAUCGGCGGUGAAGUGAUGCUCCACCUCUCCGAUGCGGCGGCUGUGCCUCAUUCCUCAAAUGGGUUCUCUUGUUGGGUGAGGAUUGAAUGGGGAAACAGUGACGGAAAGAAAAAUUCUGUCACCGCCUUUUGCGAUGUUAUCAAACUUUCUUGCGUGUCUCGAGAUUACCUCUUCACGUGGAGGUUCCAUACUCAAACAAGAAAUAAUCAUAACAACAAUAAUAAUGCUUUCAACCCCAUUUGUAUCAAUGUUUGAUAAUCAAAUCAAAAUGUAUAAAGAUGAAGAAGAGAAAACCCUUUAGCCUUAGCCUAGCUUAGUUAGUUUUGGUAAACCAUGUCUAGAAAUUACGUAUAAUCGGUAAAUGUUUAUGUAUAUCUUAGUGUUAUUAGAAGCUAUUAAUCAUAAAUAUAUACAUAAUGUUUGUUUAAGGUUGAAAUUUCAACAGCUGUUGUAUUGUAAUUUGUGACGUCCAGAGAUGGACAAAUUAACAAACGGCCUCUUUUGGAGCAUGUUGAUGUGUGAUUAAAUAACGGAUGAUCAAUUAAUACGUUGGCCUUUUACUUGCAAGUUUUAUUUGAAUUCACCAACCAAAACGAAAAUCAGAGGGAGACCCACACGAUUACUUCUUUUGUUUUACAAUUCAAAUUUCAAAGAGAGAGGUGCUAAAGUUCAAAAAGGGAACAGCGUAAAAGCAGGACUAAAAUAAGGAAGAAAGCAGAGGACAUAAAAAAAA